GAAUUGGCGGGAAAGCGGCAUAUCAGCUGCUGUCAUUAGUUCACCAAAAUUUAUUUCCUGAAUAACUUGCUUCUAGCAAAAUUAAAGCGAACAAUCGCUAAAAAUAACAUUGAAGCCAAUUAAUUGUAAAAAUAAGUGCCUAUAUAGCUAUUUCAAUUCGCUUGUACUAAUAAUUUGUGCAAUUUCAACAAAUCACGCAAAAACCGAGAAAGAAAGAAGGAAAACGCGCGCCGCUCAGCGUCAUCUUUGUUCCGAAAAGUCAAAAAGGCCCUGCGCGUCAUCAGUCGGCAUCAUGGCCAAGGUGCAUAUUACCAACGUUGUGGUGCUGGACAAUCCGAGCAGUUUCUUCAAUCCGUUUCAAUUUGAACUGACAUUCGAAUGCAUUGAGGAGCUGAAAGAGGAUCUCGAAUGGAAAAUGAUUUAUGUGGGCUCCGCGGAGUCCGAGGAGCAUGAUCAAGUGCUGGACACUAUCUACGUUGGUCCCGUACCCGAGGGCCGUCACAUAUUCGUCUUCCAGGCCGAUCCGCCAGAUGUUAGCAAAAUUCCCGAACCAGAUGCAGUUGGUGUCACCAUUGUUCUGCUGACGUGCUCGUAUCGCGGCCAGGAAUUCGUACGCGUUGGCUACUAUGUGAACAACGAUUAUGCCGAUCAGGAGAUGCGCGAGAAUCCACCGACGAAACCGCUCUUCGACAAACUGACGCGCAAUAUUCUGGCCAGCAAGCCCCGCGUCACUCGUUUCAAAAUCAACUGGGACGACGGACUUGGCAGCAGUAAUGGCAACGGCCAUGACAAUAAUGGACACAGCGACGCACAAAUGAUGCUCGACGAUGGCCCAUCAACGUCGUCGUCGUCGACGGCCCACCACGAUGCUGCCAUGGAUGACAACAGUCUGGCCAUGCCCAUCGAGAACGGUGUCAAAGCGCUCAACGAGAACUCAAAUUCACUGGCCAUGGAAUGUUGAGACGGGCAGGCUUGUGCAGGCGGGCAGGCGCCAGUGGCAACGGCAUCAGUUCAACUGCAACAACCACACAACAACAAAGACCCGAAAUACAAAAUAGACACGCUGUGGCACAGACUUGUGAGCCAGCCCUUCCCUCCUCAUGUCGAAAAUGCGCAGCUCCUGGACUGGUCCCAUUAAUUAAGUACUGUAAUUUAAACCUCAUCGCUGUUAAUAAAAUUAAUUAUCUCUAACUCUAAAACAA